CGUAGAGUCGUGGGACGCGCCUUCCAUCUACUUCCUACCAACCCGCCCAUUCGCGUCAUAAUCACACGCACUCCUUAUCACCGACCACCUGACCGCCACAAUGGACUCCCCCAACUCGGACCUCUCUGACUAUGCCUCCGACGACUUCCCCGAAGACGUCAAAGGCCGCCGGCUCUCCUUCGAACACACCCCCGACCACGACACCUCGUCUGGUCGUCCCAGCAAACGGCCCCGUCUCAAUCUGCGUGCAAACUCCGACCCUCCAGCGCCCGUCAUGGCCGCCGCCGACGACUUUGGUGAGCUCUCAGAAGAUACCGAUGGCUCUGUGCCUGCGUCUCCACACCAUCCUGGGAUGAGCGCCGACGAUGACUACGGCCAGGACCAGGUCACGGUGUGUAAGUGGGAGGCCUGUGAGGCUGGGGAUCUGGAGAACAUGGAUAAACUGGUUGAGCAUCUGCAUGAUGACCAUAUUGGCGUCAGGCAGAAGAAGUAUAGCUGUGAGUGGAGUGAUUGUACUCGCAAGGGGAUUCCGCAUGCGAGUGGAUAUGCGUUGAGGGCGCAUAUGCGGAGCCAUACGAGGGAGAAGCCGUUUUAUUGUACACUCCCUGAAUGCGACCGCUCCUUCACGCGCUCCGAUGCCCUCGCAAAACACAUGCGCACCGUCCACGAAACCGAAGCACUGCGCCCCUCCGACCCCGUCCCAAAACACCACUCCUCAAACCCCCUAAACAAAUUCCAACGCCUCAAGCUCGUCCUCGGCGACAAAGCCCGACACCAGCAAGACAAAGGCUCAACACCUGCAUCACCGUCCUCCCACCCUCCCAACAGCGCAGGUGCCGCCUCAACCCAACCCCCAAGUACAGACACCGAGUACUCGCACAACAAUGUCAUGUACAUGCAAGACCUCGCGUCCCCGAACGCCCCAGCCAUGGUCCAAUUCCCCCCUGACAUGAACUUCACCCCUCACGAGCUGUCCCUCCCGGCACCAGACCUCUUCCGCCUCCUCCGCAGACAGCUGCACUGGGCAACGCAGGAGGGCGAACAGCUCCGCGCCGAAGCCGAGGUUCUAGAGAAGAAGCGGAGAGAUGAAUGGGUUGCCAAAGAGCUGAUUCUGGAGAACCUCAUGGAAGCUGAGCUGGCGCAGACGAAGCGACAGUGCAUGGAAAAGGAAAAGGAGAUACUGGAUGAGCCCGAGAGCAUUGGGCUGUUGGAAGAGGAUGUGGCGCCGAGCAAAUUUUUGGAGAUUAAGCCCAAGGCGGAUAGGUUGCCGUGGUGGAGGGAGGAAGAGUGGUUGAAGAGGCUGGUAGAGGGAAAGGAUGUUAGAGAGGGGGUGCCUGAGAGAGAGGUUCGUACGGUGGAAAUCGCGCCGCAGGAUGUGGCCGAGAAGACAAUUGAACAGGUGGAGAAAGAAGCGGCUUGAUGUUGCAUGUUAUUAACACCUGAUCGGUCAAAGUCGCUGGUGUUUGACCAUCUUGUAUUAUGUAGCCAUACUAAUUCAUACCUGGACGGUG